AUUUUUUAAAGACAUUGAAUAGAGAAUGAGCACACUUCUGUCUCAGCGGGUUGAACAGCUUUAUACCUUGUGUUUUGACGGUCAGAAUUCAGCAGGACGCUUUAUAAUAGCGUGAAGAGUUAGGGAUUUUAUUUAUUGCUUGGGAAUAAUGUCUUUAGGUUGUCUGAGGUUGGCUCUGAGCCGUGCAGCGAGAGCCUCGUGUCCCUCGACAAGCCCAGUGACACUCCUCCUCCUGUAUAAACCACAGUCUAGCAGAACCACAUGGAGUUACCUGGGCAUAAAGCUCCAGCAGUGGACACUGUUCUCCACUGCCGCGGGUGACGACGGAGACACCGCAGAGAGUGAACCACAGGAGGAGAAGAAGAAGAAGAAGAAACAGGACCCGAAAGCUCGAACCACCAUCAGCAGUGUGGGCAGGAAGAUCCACCAACGCCACCUGCUCCUGCUGGACGAGGAGGGCGAGAACCUGGGGACCAUGCACCGGGCCGACGCUCUGAGGCUCAUGGAUGAGAAAGGGCUGAAGCUGGUGCCUGUGAACGAGAACGCCGAGCCGCCAGUGUACCGGCUCAUGAGCGGGAAACAGAUUCACGAGGAGCAGAUGAAACUGCGGGAGAAACAGAAAACCAAGGCGACAGGUGUCGUCCAGGUGAAAGACCUGACUCUGUCCUCUGAUAUCGCGCUACACGACCUGGACACAAAACUAAAACAAGUAACGAGCUGGCUGGAGAAAAAGCACCACGUGAGACUGACGCUGAAGCCGAGACGGGACCGGAGCGAGCAGCCGCUGGACACGAUUCUGGACGAGAUGGUCGGGAGAAUAACGGCUCCGCUCGGCUUCGUCAACAAACCCAAACUCAUCCGUGAGGGUCGAGCGGCCAGCUGCGUCCUGCGUCCUCCGUCCGCUAAAGAGCUGCAGGCGCAGGGGACGCGACCCGCAGCGCAGACUCCCUCCAACACCCCCAAACCAAACCUCGGGGAACAGGAACCGCUCGGAUCUCCAUCAGAGCGGGACAGAGACUCUCAGCAGCAGUGAUGUGAUGACAAUGAAACAGCUUUUCACACACGCUCGGGUGGCGUCGAUGAAUACGACAAAAAGUCAAUUUAUACAAACGUUAUUGAGAUCAGGAUAGAGCCUGAAGGGAUACAAAUCCAAACUAACUUCCUGAAUAACUUGUUUUGGGGUCCACGUUUUAACGGUGACUCUUUUUUUCAGACAUUUUCUAAACACACUGCUAUGGCAACCUACUGUUUACCCUACACUGGGGUGCAUUAUGUAACGAGUAAAUAAAUGAAAUUGAAUGUAA